AUGGCACGUACUCGAGGAGGAGGAGUAGAGGGAGCUCGUCAGCGUCCGACAGCUUCCACAAGGAGGAGGAGGAGGGUAGAGGGCCAUGAUGGUGAUUCUGUAGCUGAUACAUCUAUCUCAGAGGCGCACAUUUCUGAGCAGCCAGGUACUUUAGACUCAUCACCUCCUAGUGCUCCGGAGCAGCCAUCUACUAGUGCUCCAGAGCAGCCAUCUAUUAGUGCUCCGGAUGAUACUACUGAACUAUUUUUGGGAGGCCCUGAAGAUCCAUCCAUUUUAAAGAGUUUUAAAAAUCAUGUUGCUGUUAGCAUAUGGGCUGGAGAGGAAAGAGGUGUAUUAAAGUGCAAUAGCCAUGGACAAAGAAUUCCUGAUUGGCCAUUGGUAAAUCAGCAACGUAUUUAUGAUAUUGUUGUAAGAUUUCAAUUGGCACCUUUGAUAGAAGCCACGUAUCGAUUUGUGAAUCCUACAGUUGUGUCAGCCUUUUCAGAAAGAUGGCAACCUGAGACUAACAUAUUUCAUCUACCAUUUGGUGAGAUGACACUCACGCUAGAUGACAUUGCUACUAUUCUGAAGAUACCAGUUUCUGGCAGCCCUGUAUCAGUCCCUCAUUUGACAGGUAAUGAAGCUCAGAAUUUACUUUGUCGUUUACUUGGGGUCUCAGUAGUAGAACCAGCAGGCCAGAUAGCUGAGGCUCGGGGACCGCAACUGGGUAUUACGAGUAGAAGAGAUAUCAAGGGAAUCUGUGGAUAUUUAACAUUACUUGAGGCUUGGAUAUACGAACAUUUUCCAUUGACUAGAAGUAAACAUAAUCUAUCAUAUACUGACGAGUUGCCUAGGGCUCAUCGUUGGCUUCCUGUCAUAUGGACACCAUAUAGGAGGCAUCGUGCACAACACCCAUUGCAUGAGAUUGCGUUCUUCUCCAGAUGUCUUAAGUGUGGAGGCGUGAUUGAGCCAUAUCAUCCGGAGAGGGUUCUACGACAAUUUGGGCAUAAGCAGAAUAUACCUCCACCUCCAUUAUCUCCUAUUGAAGCCAAGCGGGGUAGAGCUACGGCAACGUAUAAGGGUGAGAGUGCAGUCAGUAGCGCAUCAUGGCAUCACUGUCUCCUCUUAGGCAAGUCAUAUCAGGUGGAUCCAUCAAGAUGUAGAUGCGUGGAGACGGGCAUGUCUUCAGGUAUAUGA